GGCCGGACCCCGCCGGGGCGGCGGGCGCCCGUCCCUGGGAGCAAAGAAGGGGAAGCCUGGCGGCCGGGCCCUUCCUCUCCGUCUUCCGAGCGCUGCAGACGGUGACUCGUGCUCCGGAGAGCGCCAGGGGCGCGGCGGGCGCGGACCCCCGCCGAGAAGGCGCACGAUGCCGCCCGCGACGGCGACCGCCACGGUCUCCCUCCGGGAGCUGGCCGACCUGGCCAUCGGCACCCCGGAGGUGGGCGCCGUCAACUUCACGGCCCUGCACACGCUCAUCGUGGCCAUGCUCCGGAGCCUCAACCUGCAGGAGGUGCGCAUCAACUUCCAGUCGCCGUCGCCCGAGUCGAGUCGCUCCUCCGAGCUCCCGCGGACCGUGCUCAGCGCCCCGCAGCUGGCCGUGCCCAAAGAGAAGCCGCGCGGCAGCUCGGCCAGGCCGCCGGCGCUGGAGAGCCAGGUGAAGGACCUCAGCAAGCAGCUCGAGACCGUCACAAGCCAGGUGCAGGGCAUCAUGAGCCACGUGCAGCACCUUACUUACCCCGUGGGCCGGCUGCCCGUGGACUCCCAGGACGGGCUGGAGGAGGAGACGGCCGUGCUGCUGCCGGACAGGGCUCGAGGAGGGUCGAUGAAAAUCGGGAAGGACGGCGAGUGGGCCAGCGUCACCAAGGCCACGGUGCUGCUGCACGAUGUCGCAGAAGAUGUGAAAGCCUUGAAAGAAGCCAAGGAAAAGGCGCAGGAGCAUUCCGAGAAAGCCUUCCAACGGAUGGAUGAACUAGAGAAGAAAAUCAGAGAACGGGAAAAAUUCCUGGAUCUAGUGGCCCGGAAGCUGAGUUUGAUGCCUGUUGGAGAAGAAGUCACCAUGGUCACCUGGGAGGAGCUAGAGCAAGCAAUUACUGAUGGCUGGAGGUCCUCACAAGCGGGCUCAGAGACAACAACGGGACUCCUUAAACGCAAAAAGCAUACUUCCUUAACAUCAGAUGAUGGAGCCUCCACCAAGCACUCAAGUGCUGACCCAACUGUGGAUUCUGCAAAUGGUCAUGGUUCCGAUCGGACCUUAUCAGGAACCAGUGCCACGGGAUACCCCUCCGAAGGAGUUGGCAGGGAACGAAAGAAAAGCACCCCCGCUACUGCAUCCCCUGGUAGAGAACAGCACCCAAGGGCCCGUGACGAGGCUGGCUUGGCAAAGUCCCAUCACCCACCUGUGUCCCAAUUCAGACUAGAGUCAGAUCGUCACAGGACUAGAGAGCUGCAGCCGCACACCUCAGCAUAUCUAAGAAAAGAUGAACGAGAGGCACACCCUGGUCCAGUUCAACAGGACUUGCCCUCAGCCACCGCGAUCAGAGAUCAGCAUCCUCAUGUGUACCCAGAUCAGCAUGGGGGGGUACAUGUUAGCUACGGUCAAAUCUAUCCAAGGCCAGACCAACGUGGAACAGCACCGCUCGGCAUGGAUCAGCUUGCAUCACUCCAUCAUAGCACUUACCCACACAGUGUGGCACCCCUCAGCAUGGGUCAGCUUGGUAUGAUGCCACCUGGAAUGGAUGAGCAGGGCAUGGAUCAGCGUGGUAUGAUGCCACCACUGGUACCUGGCAGAGAUCAGCAAGGCUUGCAACCACCUAGUACAGAUCAGCCUGGUAUGGUUCCAUUUAGCACAUAUCAGCACGGCAUGAUAUUUCCUGGCACGGACCAACAGCCUGAUGUGGCUCAGCGUGGAUUGGUACCUCCUCACAUGGAUCAGCAUGGAUUUUUAAUAGCCGGCAUGGAUCAGCAAGGACUGGCACUGCCUGGCAUGGAUCAGCAUGGAUUGGUUCCACAUCUCAUCGAUCAGCAUGGUUUGGGACCAACUGGCACAGAACAGAAUGCUUUAGUCCAGCCUGGUUUGGUCCAGCCUGGUGCGGGUCAGCCUGGUUUGGUCCAACCUGGAAUGGAUCAGCGUGGUUUGGUGCAGCCUGUGGUAGAUGAAAGUGGUUUGGUUCAGCCUGGUGCUUAUCUACCUGACUGGGUUCAACCUGGUGCAUAUUCCAGUGGCUGGGUCCAGCCUGGUGCCUAUCCUCUUGAUUUGGUAUACCCUGAUGUAUAUCCAUCUGGUUUAGUACAGCUUGGUGCAGAUCAGCCUGGUUUGAUGCAACCUGGAUUGGGUCAGCAAGAUUCAGCCCAACCUGGAAUGGAUCAGUAUGAUUUGGGGCAGCCUGGAAUGGAUCAACGUGGCUUGGUCCAACUUGGAAUGGAUCAGCGUGGUUUAGUGCAACCUGGCAUAGUUCAGCCUGGGUUGGUGCAACCUGGAGCAGCUCAGGUUGGUUUGGUGCAACCUGGAGCAGGUCAGCCUGGUUUGGUGCAACCUGGAGCAACUCAGCCUGGUUUCGUCCAACCAGGAGCAGGUCAGCCUGGUUUGGUGCAACCUGGAGCAGCUCAGCCUGGUUUGGUGCAACCAGGAGCAGCUCAGCCUGGUUUGGUGCAACCUGGAGCAGCUCAGCCUGGUUUCGUGCAACCUGGAGCAGCUCAGCCUGGUUUUGUGCAACCUGGAGCAGCUCAGCCUGGUUUGGUACAACCUGGAAUGGAUCUGGGUGGUUUGGUCCAACCCCGAAUGGGUCAGCGUGGUUUGACACAACCUGGUUCAGCUCAGCCUGGUUUGGUCCAACCUGGAGCAGCUCAGCCUGGUUUGGUGCAGCCUGGUGCAGCUCAGCUUGGUUUGGUGCAGCCUGGUGCAGCUCAUCCUGGUUUGGUCCGACCUGGAGCAGGUCAGCGUGGUUUGGUCCGACCUGGAGCAGCUCAGGUGGGUUUGGUGCAGCCUGGUGCAGCUCAGCGUGGUUUGGUCCAACCUGGAGCAGCUCAGCGUGGUUUGGCCCAACCUGGUGCAGCCCAGCCCGGUUUGGUGCAACCUGGAGCAGGUCAGCCUGGUUUGGUGCAACCUGGAGCAGGUCAGCCUGGUUUGGUGCAACCUGGAGCAGGUCAGCCUGGUUUGGUCCAACCAGGAGCAGCUCAGCCUGGUUUGGUGCAACCUGGAGCUGGUCAGCCUGGUUUGGUGCAACCUGGAGCAGGUCAGCCUGGUUUGGUCCAACCUGGAGCUGGUCAGCCUGGUUUGGUGCAACCUGGAGCAGGUCAGCCUGGUUUGGUCCAACCAGGAGCAGCUCAGCCUGGCUUGGUCCAACCUGGAGCAGGUCAACCUGGCUUGGUGCAACCUGGAAUGGAUCUGGGUGGUUUGGUCCAACCUGGAACGGAUCAGCGUGUUUUGGCACAACCUGGUGCAGCACAGCCUGGUUUGGUCCCACCUGGAGCAGGUCAGCCUGGUGUGGUGCAACCCGGAAUGCAUCAGCGUGGUUUGGCCCAACCUGGUUCGGCUCAGCCUGGUUUGGUGCAACCUGCAAUGAGUCAGUAUGGUUUGGCCCAACCUGGUGCACGUCAGCCUGGUUUGGUACAACCUCAAAUGGGUCAGCCUGCUUUGGUCCAGCCUGGUGCGGGUCAACCUGGUGCAGGUCAGCCUGGUUUGGUGCAACCUGGAAUGGAUCGGCGUGGUUCGGUCUACCCUGGUGCUGAUCAGGGUGGUUUGGUCCAGCCUGGUGCAGGUCAGCCCGAUUUGGUACAACCUGGUGCAGGUCAGCCUGGUUUGGUGCAACGUGGAGUGGGGCAGCGUGGUUUGGUAGAGCCUGGCCCAGGUCCACGUGGCGUUUUUCAACCUGGUGCCUAUCCACCUGGUUUGCUACGGCCAGGUGCAUAUCUUCCCGGUUCGGUGGAGCCUGGUGCCUAUCCACAAGGUUUGGUUCCACCUGGUGCCUAUCCUACCGGUUUGGUCCAGCCUGGUGCACUUCCACGUGGUUUCAUGCAGCCUCUUACUGAUCAGCGUGGCUUGAGGCAACCCGGUAGAGAUCAGCAAGGCUCAAUGCCAUCGAGCACAGAGCUUCGUGGCUUUCCAACAUUCCACCCGGAGUCUCUAAGAUUUAUAUCACCAUAUCCAUAUCAGCAUGGUGUAAUGCCUCCUAGCAGAGGUCAGCAUGGCCAGGUGUCACCGCUCCUCUCCGGUCAAGGCUUGGCACCACCAGGUACUGACCAAGAGGGUUUAUCAGAAACUUACCAGCCAGGCGUGAUACAUCCGGGCACAGACCAGGGCGGCCAAAUAAAACCAGGUGCAGACCAGCACGACCAGUCAUACUCUAUCCCAGAAUCCCGUGACCUAACGUACCCUGGCCCUCGGGGCCCAGGCUUUCCUGGGGUAGAUCAGCUCCAGGUCAGUGUGGAUCCACAACGAACACAUACCUCAGACCGAGCUGGAAUUUCUGUCCAGACUACCCCAAGCCAAGAAGCCACCUCUGCCAAGAGUACAGUCUUUCUCAACGAUCUCUACCGAGUCUCAUCGGAAAGGGUCGAUGUCCAGAGCGAAAGACAGGAUUCCCUGGAUAAAUUGUCUCCCAGCUUCCCUGUAGCAGUGGAAACAUUUCGUCUGAUGGGAGAGCUCAUUGGCCUUUAUGUAGAGCUCAAGGAGAACAUGAAGGAGCUGGAUGAGGAGAAGGCUGGCCAGACGGACUUAGAGAAGUUACAGUACUUGCUUUCACUCAUGGUCAAAAAGACUAUACCACCUGACCUGCAGGAACAGCUGAAGACCUUAAAGGCCUUGACCAAAGAAGUGCGGCAGGAAAGAGCCAAACUGGACAAGAUACAGAGGCUCCUGGAGGGCGAAAGGGAACAGGAAAUUGGAAAAGAAAUGAAAGACGACCAGCUGAGCACGCAGCUGGGAAUCCUCAGAGUCACCGUGGCCGACAUUGAGAAGGAGUUGGCCGAGCUCAGGGAGAGCCAAGAGCGGGGCAAGGUCAGCAUGGAACAUUCAGUCUCCGAAGCCUCUUUCUACCUGCAGGACCAGCUGGACAAGCUCAGGACGAUCAUCGAGAGCAUGCUGGCCUCAUCCUCCACGCUGCUGUCCAUGAGCAUGACUCCUCGCAAGAUCCUAACGGCCUCGGCACCUAGCCAGAUCGACCCUGAGACCGCCUGCCCAGCCUGCAGCCUGGACCUGGGCCAUCAGGUCAGCAUGCUGGUGCAGCGUUACGAGCAGCUCCAGGACAUGGUCACCAAUCUGGCUGCCACCCGGCCCUCCAAGAAAGCCAAGCUGCAGAGCCAGGACGAGGAGCUGCUGGGCCACAUCCAGAGCGCCAUCCUGCAGGUACAGGGCGACUGCGAGAAACUCAACAUCACCACCGGCAGCCUCAUCGAGGACCACCGGCAGAAGCAGAAGGACAUUGACGUGUUGUACCAGGGUCUGGAGAAGCUCGAGAAGGAGAAGGCCAACAGGGAGCACCUGGAGAUGGAGAUUGACGUGAAAGCUGACAAGAGUGCCCUGGAGGCCAAAGUGAGCCGGGUCCAGUUUGACGCCACCACGGAGCAGCUGAACCACAUGAUGCAGGAGCUGAUGUCUAAAAUGAGCGGGCAGGAGCGGGACUGGCAGAAAAUGCUGGACAAGCUGCUGGUGGAGAUGGACAGCAAGCUGGACCGCCUGGAGCUGGACCCCGUGAAGCAGUUGCUGGAGGAUCGGUGGAAAGCCUUGCGGCAACAGCUUAAAGAGCGCCCUCCCCUCUACCAGGCAGACGAGGCAGCGGCCAUGCGGAAGCAGCUCUUGGCACAUUUCCACUGCCUCUCGUGCGACCGUCCCUUGGAGACACCUGUGACCGGACAAAUUAUCCCUGUGAUUCCCAUGGGCCCAGGCCUGCCCGGGCACCGUUCCAUCCGCCCCUACACGGUCUUUGAACUGGAGCAGAUCCGGCAGCAGAGCCGCAACCUAAAGCUGGGCUGUGCCCCCUUCCCUCGGGGCGACUUGGCGCACACGGAGCGGAGCGUGGGACGCCUGCGCACCAUGCACUCCAAGAUGCUGAUGGACAUUGAGAAGGUGCAGAUCCACUUUGGAGGCUCAGUCAAGGCCAGCAGCCAGAUGAUCCGUGAGCUGCUGCAGGCCCAGUGCCUGAGCUCCCCCUGCCACAGACGGGUGCCAGACAUGGCCGACUACACCUACUCGAGCGCGCCUCGGCGCUGCGGGGGCAGCCACACCCUCACCUACCCCUACCGCCGCAACCGCCUGCAGCACCUGUCACAGGGCCUGUACCCCACCGAGGAGAUCCAGAUCGCCAUGAAGCAUGAUGAGGUGGAUAUCUUGGGCCUCGAUGGACAUAUUUACAAGGGACGGAUAGAUACAAGGCUGCCGGGCAUCCCGAGCAAAGACACCCCGGUCUCAGCUUCGGGGAUGACAAAGCACAAGGCCAAGCAGCCCCGGCCGCACACGCACCGGCAGCAGUCUCUCAGCGACAGCAGCCAGCUGCCCUCCCGGCCACAAAGUGCUCAGAUGCUGGCUGGCAACAAUUCAGCUCCUUCCCAUCAGCGCAAAGACAGGCCCGUCUCCUCCGAGGGGCUCCUCUCCCAGCCGAAUGUGGCCCACCCACCCAGCCCCAGCGAGAUGGGAAACCGGCCGGCGGAUGUGGACACGCACCUGGAUGUCCCGCCGGGGGAGGGUCUCGAGGAGCCCACCCGGGGGCCGAGGUCCACCACUGCUCACUGAGCAAAGCUACAAAUAAAUGUUUAGCAAGAA